AUGAAUGUUUAUAAUUCGUUGAGUUAUAUCUAUAUAUAUUUUUUUGAAAAAACGCGGGAAAAUUUUUUAUAUUUGUUUUAUUUAAUAUAUAAUAUGAUUGUUACAGAUCGUAAGCUCUUUGUGGGAAUGCUAAGUAAGCAACAAAGUGAAGAAGAUGUCAGACAGUUAUUCGGUCCUUUCGGUGCUAUAGAAGAGUGUACUAUAUUAAGAGGACCAGAAGGAGCAAGUAAAGGUUGCGCUUUUGUCAAAUUUAGUUCUCAUCAGGAAGCACAAGCUGCCAUUAAUAAUUUGCACGGUAGUCAAACAAUGCCGGGAGCUUCAUCGAGUUUAGUUGUUAAAUUUGCGGAUACGGAAAAAGAAAGACAAUUGAGACGAAUGCAGCAAAUGGCGGGAAAUAUUGGUCUUUUAAAUCCAUUUGUUUUUAAUCAAUUUGGAGCUUACGGGGCGUACGCCCAGCAAGCGGCUCUUAUGGCGGCAGCAAGUCAAGGUACAUAUAUAAGUCCGAUGGCAGCACUUGCGUCGCAAUUGCCACACACGACAUUAAAUGGACAACACGUUAAUGGUGCAAUGCCAAGUUUACCUUCUCCAACGAUACCUAAUUUUUCAAUGGCGGCUCAAACUCCUAACGGUCAACCUGGAGGUACGGAACCGGGAGUUUAUUCAAAUGGAAUUCCACAAACGUAUCCAGCAUAUGCUUUACACUUAUCAAUACCGCCCCAGGGUCUUAAUGGUGAAGCCGCUUUGCAAACUGCUUUUCCUGGUAUGCCGCCAUAUCCAGGUGUCGCAUUUCCCGCGGUGUACGGCCAGUUUCCUCAAGCCAUACCCCCGGCGCUUGCAUCAGUCCCCCCAACACAUAGAGAAGGAUGUUCCAUUUCCGGACCAGAAGGGUGUAAUUUAUUUAUUUAUCAUUUACCACAAGAAUUUGGUGAUGCCGAACUCAUGCAAAUGUUUCUUCCUUUUGGUAAUGUUAUUAGUUCAAAAGUGUUUAUAGAUAGAGCAACAAACCAAAGCAAAUGUUUCGGUUUUGUUUCAUUUGAUAACCCAGCCAGUGCCCAAGCAGCAAUCCAAGCAAUGAAUGGAUUUCAAAUUGGUAUGAAAAGGCUGAAGGUUCAAUUGAAACGGCCAAAAGAUGCUAAUCGGCCUUACUAA